AUGAUCAAGUCUCCUUUAUCAUCUAUAUCGUCGAUGACCAAGAAGAAGGACAAAGGAAGCAGCAAAUAUGGGGAAUACAUACUGAUUUAUAGCGGCAAGAAUAAGAAUGAAAGAGCAGCAUCAGGAGUAGGCCUACAGUUACAUGAAAAAUUUGAAACCCAUAUCAGCGAUGUUAAAAACAUUGACGACAGACGAUUACAUGUGACAGUCGGACUACAAAUAUCACAUCCAACACACAUUUUAAGUGUUUAUGCACCCGAUACGAGUAAACCUCAAGCAGAUAUAGGCUUAUUCUACCACACAUUACAAACAACUUUGGACGAUAUAGCUAACGAGGAUGAAAUAUUAAUCCUUGGAGAUUUCAAUGCGAGAAUUGGUGAUGAAGCUAUAUCUGAUGGUAUCAAGAAUCGAUUUAACGAGGAGACAAUGAAUGAGAGCGGUGAUCAAAUGGUACAAUUGUGCAUGCAGGAUGAACUAAGGAUCAAUAACACCUUAUACCCACAUAAACCACAACAUAAGUACACCUUCGAAAAUACACGAGGGCAUAGGUCAAUAAUAGACUACGUGGUCUCAAAUAAAAAUAUCCAUCCGACAAGAAAACAGGACGUACGAUCACUAGCUUCCGCCAAUGCUGGAACGGACCACCAUCUUGUAUUGGCAAAAAUACGAACAGAUGUGCAACCACCUCAUAAGAAAUCCACCGAGACAAGAAGUAUAUUUAAUAUAGAAUCCCUUUCCGACGACUCAACUAAACAGCUGUAUCGGCAAAGGCUCCGAAGAAAAAUAGUUGCGAACAACAUCCAAGACUUCGACGACGUCGAAACGGCGUGGGCAAAAUUAAGAACUAAUAUACUUGAAGCAGCAGAGGAGGCAUUUGGAAAAAGAACUAUAAAGAAAGGGGGAAAACCAAAUACGAAACCCUGGUUUAAACAAGAAGUUAAGAUGCUGGCCGAAGAGAAGAGAAAAUCUUACUUACAAUAUAGAUCUAAUACGGUGACAUAUGAUGAGUAUAAAUCUGUGAGGAAUAGGGUCAACGAAAAUAUCCGGAAAAUAAAAAGGGAUCAUUGA